CCCGAUAACCCCAACCCCACCAAGGAGGAGGAUCAGACAAAGCUGGCCCCAGAGCUAGCUGGGAGGAAGCCAAGGGGGCCUGGGAGAACUGGGGGGCAGAGGGAGGGGAAGGUAUCAUCAGUGUACUGAAGGACCACCCUCCCACAACCGGCCUGGAGACUGUGCAGCUUUGGAGCUGAGCACACGGCAGACCCCCUGGGAGACCUCAAUUCCAACCAGCUGACUCUCCUAUGCCCCCCGUGCCCACCAUGCAUCCUCAGUCAGUUCUGCACAGCGGCUACUUCCACCCACUGCUCCGGAACUGGCAGACAGCCGCCACCAGCCUCAGCGCCUCCAACCUCAUCUACCCCAUCUUUGUCACGGAUGUUCCUGAUGACAAACAGCCCAUCGCCAGCCUCCCAGGAGUGGCCAGGUACGGUGUGAACCGGCUGGAAGAGAUGCUAAAACCCCUGGUGGAGGAGGGCCUGUGCUGUGUCCUGAUCUUCGGUGUCCCCAGCAGAGUUCCCAAGGAUGAGCGGGGCUCUGCAGCCGACUCCGAGGACUCCCCGGCUAUCGAGGCCAUCCGUCUGUUGCGCAAGAAUUUCCCCAGCCUCCUGGUGGCCUGUGACGUGUGCCUGUGCCCCUAUACCUCCCACGGUCACUGCGGGCUUCUGAGUGAGAACGGGUCAUUCCAAGCUGAGGAGAGCCGACAGCGGCUGGCAGAGGUGGCUCUGGCCUAUGCCAAGGCGGGAUGUCAGGUGGUGGCCCCGUCGGACAUGAUGGACGGACGCGUGGAGGCCAUCAAGGAAGCUCUGAUGGCACAUGGAUUCGGCAACAGGGUAUCAGUGAUGAGCUAUAGUGCCAAAUUCGCUUCUUGUUUCUAUGGGCCUUUCCGGGACGCGGCUCAGUCGAGCCCGGCUUUUGGAGAUCGCCGCUGCUACCAGCUGCCACCCGGAGCACGAGGCCUGGCCCUCCGCGCGGUGGACCGGGAUGUUCGGGAGGGAGCAGACUUGCUCAUGGUGAAGCCAGGAACGCCCUACCUGGACAUCGUACGGGAGGUAAAGAACAAGCACCCUGAGCUCCCCCUGGCUGUGUACCACGUUUCUGGAGAGUUCGCCAUGCUGUGGCACGGGGCCCAGGCCGGGGCAUUUGAUCUCAAGGCUGCUGUACUAGAGGUCAUGACUGCCUUCCGCAGAGCAGGUGCCGAUGUCAUCAUUACCUACUACACACCUCAGCUACUGCAGUGGCUGAAGGAGUGAUGGAGAAAGUGUACCAGAUUCAAGAACUAGAACUUUUCCAUUCCUGAGCCUUGGAGAAGUGAAAACCAAAGUAAACGAUGCUUUUAGAACUGUG